AUGAGCAAGCCCGAGUAUGUUGAGUCCUGGCUCAACAACGCAGAUAACAAGAGGGGGAAGGAGGUUGGAGGCAGGAGGUCACGCCCCAUCCUGAGCGCCGUCGUCGCCGGGUUUUUGGCCCCCGGGUCGUCGCCCGACGGCGCCCUCCCCACCGGCCGGUGUAAGAUGCUGGAGUCAGCAGGGCAGCCUCGAACGCUCGCCUCCGCGGCGUCGGAGCUCCGCUCGCUGCACGAGGCGCUGGCCGAAUCGGCGCGGGCGCUCCAGCGGCGGCACGACGAGGUGACGGCACGUGAGGCGGCCGUCGCCUGCCGUGAAGCGGCGGUUGCAGUGGCCGAGAGCAGCGCCGCGCAGCAGCCGCCGGCGCCGGACGAGCCACUUUUGCGCGCUCUCCUGGCAGCUGAGGCUUCUCGCCUCUCUGCGCGUGGCCGCGAGGCGCUCGAGGCACGCGCCGGUGCUCACGUGGAGCGGCUGGAGCGGGCUAGUGAGGAGACGCGCUCCUCCUCCCUUUCCGUCGCGACGACCGCGACGGCGGUGACCGCUGCUGCGGCCGGGACCGUUCCUGCGGCGGCGCGGGUUCUGCCGGCGCUGCUCCUGCUGCGCCUCUCGCUGCGCCAAGCCGGCGAGGCGGGAGGGGCGGGAGGCGGCGGCAGCGGUACGUUGGUGAGCGAUGCUGUGGCGGCGGUGCGGGCGCUGCAGCUCGAGGGAGGGGAGGAGGAGUCUGCUUGCGCGGCUCGCGGCGAGCUGCUGUCGCUCGGACUCGCAGAGCUGGUCGAGGCCGCAGGCUGUGGCCACCCGCCGCUCGCGAUGGCGUCGUCCGCCUCUCUCCUCGCGCUGCUCGCCGCGCCACGGCCCGUCGCCGAGGCGGCGGUGGAGGCACUCUGCACGCCGCGUUUCUUCCGGGUCGCAGCCAGGGUGAUUUCGCGCGACGGCGCAUCGCGCGACGGCGACGAGUCUCUGGCGGCGCGUCUGUGCGUGCUGCUGCAGCGGCUGUCGCUGCGGCCGGCGGCACGCGCGUUCUUCCACGCACCAGAGCUGCGCGGCGCGCUCGUCGGGCUGCAGCACAUCGGCCCGAGCGCGCCCUUUCUUACCGCCAACGUCCGGUCGGUGCUGAAGAACACGAAGAGAUAUCACAUUGCGCCACCUACUAGACCGGACACAUAG